ACGUCAGAUUGUUAUAUCACUUGCUUUCCCAAAUCACAACUAAGUAUUGGUUGAUUGCAAAUGUUCCAAUUAAUUACAAACUCAAUUUAGUUUCCAUCAAAAUGAAUAAAUUACUCCUCAAUUGUUUCACGAUUUUACUCGCUUUUUCUGGAGUAUUGGCUCAAGAGGAGCCAUGUCCCGAUGGGCACAAUUUUUGGCCUGAUCCGGACUGUCGGUUUUAUCUUGUGUGUCAAGUUCCACCAAUUCGCCUGCAAUGUCCAAAUGAACUCUAUUGGAAUCAAGACUUGUUGGUGUGUGACUAUCCAGAAAACGUUCCAGAAUGCGUCGGAGGAACUAGGCCACCAACCGGCACGAGCACCACCACUGCAACGACUACGACCGAAAUUAUUACCACUGACAACCCAUCCGGUCCAUGCCGACCUGAAGGAGUUCAUUCUGUUCCACAUCCAGAACUUUGUCAUGCUUACUACAUUUGUGUGGACGGAGAGUUAACGGAGCCUUAUCAUGAAUGUCCAGACGGGUUUUACUUUGAUCCGAACUUGGAGGAGUGCAACUUUGCAUCUGAGGUUGAUUGCGAGUAUGGACCAACACCAACUACGAGUCAAAGUACGAUCACGACAACUCCUGCUGGGACAACCACAAUAAGUUCCGGGACAACGACUACUCCUCCUGUCAACGAAUGUCCACCGGAGGGUGAACAUCAACUUCCGUACCCGGGUGACUGCUCAAUCUACAUAAAAUGUGUUGAGGGCUUUCCAAUCCUACUCCGAUGUCCAGAGGGAUCACUCUUUGACAUUGUUGACAGAAUAUGCAAACCGGAAGGGAUUGCUGUUUGCAGUAAUAUAUUUUAUAAAGGACAGUUUUAGCAGCUUUGGAAUUCCAGAUGAACUUAAAAUUACAAGCUUAUUAAUGGUCAAUUACGAUGUAUGCAAGUGUUUAUACGCACACAAACACAACAAACGCAUGUAAUAAUAUACCUAAUUGUUCACAUAAA